GUACGAUUGAAGCACGGUUUCUUCCAGACAUUCUCACCGGCCACCCGCACACACCACGAUGGCGACCAGACUCUCCCGUAGCAGGGCUCUCGCUGGCCUGCGACAAGGUCGCGCCAGCGAAGUGCGGUGUUUCUCGACCUCAAUUCCUCAAUUGGCUGGGAACCCCGUCGGCCAGCCGAAAGAUGCCCCAAACCCACGCAUGGCUCCCCGUGAGCACGUCGGCAGCACCCUCAAGGCCCCCAUCGUCAACCCGGCCGACAAAUAUGCCACAAAGGCCGAUAACCUACACAAGUACGGUGCUUGGCUGAUGGGCUGCAUGCCCAAGUAUAUCCAGCAGUUCUCUGUCUGGAAGGACGAGCUCACCAUCUACAUCUCUCCCUCCGGCGUCAUUCCCGUCUUCUCUUUCCUCAAGUACAAUACCUCGGCCGAAUUCACUCAGGUCAGCACCGUCACAGCCGUCGACUAUCCCACCCGCGAUAAGCGCUUCGAGAUCGUCUACAAUCUCCUCAGCGUCCGCCACAACGCCCGCAUCCGCGUCAAGACGUACGCCGACGAGGCGUCUCCCGUGCCCAGCAUCACCAGCCUUUUCGCUGGUGCGAACUGGUUCGAGCGCGAGGUGUACGACCUGUUCGGCGUCUUCUUCGCCGGCCAUCCUGAUCUCCGUCGUAUCAUGACCGACUACGGCUUCGAGGGCCACCCUCUGCGCAAGGACUUCCCUCUCACGGGCUACACCGAGAUUAGGUACGACGAAGAGAAGAAGCGCAUCGUCACCGAGCCCCUGGAGCUCACCCAGGCCUUCCGCAACUUUGAGGGUGGCUCGACCGCCUGGGAGCCGGUUGGUCCCGGCGAGGACCGCAAGCCUGAUACUUUCAAGCUGCCGACGCCGAAGCCGGAAGAAAAGCCGGAGGAGCCGAAGAAAUGAAUGGGAGGCGAUUGUGUACAUACUUAACACGUCCGAUGCGGCU